CUGUGGCACCAAUAACACUACUCCAUAAAAUUAUAUAACUUUCGUUUUAUCUUACUCUAUUACGAAUGUAUAUUAAGAGUUCCAAAUCUGCCAUUGGUCAUAACAGACUUUGUCGGUGUCACGGCAAGGCAUCUCUCAUUGUAUUUCUUUAGGUACUAAACUUUUUAUUCACAAUGGCUACAAAGAAGUUUGCCGGACCUUCUCCCUACAGUUUGAAGCAGACGUACCCACCUGAAGACUACUUACACACAGAGUAUUUAAACUUCAGCACCAGGAACCAUGCCGCCAAGUCUCAGGCUGCACCAGUGGUCGGUGCUCUGUUCGGCCUCGGCCGAGCUGGAUCCAUCCACUUGACCAGCAUCGUUAACAACCCCCGCAUUGUCCUGAAGUAUGUGGUGGAUGAUCGCAAGGAAAUCUUCCCAGACUUGAGGAAGUACUGGAAGUUCGGUGAUAAUGUUCACCUAAUCACCUCGGCUGAAUCCAAACGCGUCUAUGAAGAUAAGAGUGUCAAUGUAGUCUUCAUCGCUUCCCCAACUUGGACUCACCACGACAUUGUCGUCAACUCGAUCGCCAACAACAAGGACGUGUACUGCGAGAAGCCCAUCGCUGAGAACAUCGAGGACACCAAAAAAUGCUACGAAGCAGCUAAAGCCAAAGGGCGCACGCUCUUUGCCGCCUUCAACCGGCGCUUCGACCCCGCUUACAGCGGCCUCAAAGAAAGAGUGCGCAAGGGAGAAGUUGGUCAUGUCCAAAUUCUCAAAGUUACCGCAAGAGAUUCUCCACUGCCAACUAUUGACUACUUGAAAACUUCAGGUGGUGUGUUCCAUGAUUGCCUGGUGCACGACUUCGACAUGUCGUGCUGGGUGCUGGGCGAGCUGCCGGUGCGCGUGCAGGCCUCCGCUUCUGCCCUCAUCCCCGAGGUCAAAGCCAUCGACGACUUCGACACCAUCGCCUUCCUCCUCACAUUCCCCUCCGGAGCCGUGGCUCUAGGGGACAACAGCCGCUUCUCUGCCUAUGGUUAUGACCAAAGAUUAGAAGUUUUCGGCAAUAAGGGUAUGAUUAAGGUCGAGAACGAAAGGCCGUGCCACUCCACAGAGGCCCUCAUCGGUCAGGAGGGACUCAAGCAGACCCCCAUUUUCUACUCGUUCCCGUCCCGCUACAAGCUCGCCUACAAACACGAAUUGGAACAUUUCUUGGAUGUUGUUCAGCAUGGCGUCCCUCUUGAAGUGACCAGCUGGCAGACGCUAGCGGUUAGUAAGAUCGCGACCGCCGCGGAAGAGAGCGCACGCACCGGCAAGUCCGUCGACAUCGACUGGUCCAGUGACAACAUUCCCGCUGUCUACUCCUAAACUAUCGACAAUGUUCUCUAAUGACUUAAACUUAAUUUUUUUUUAUGGAUUCCGAAAAUAAAUUUUGUACAUAAUUAUCAAUUACCUA